AAAAAAACCCGCUCCUCUUUGCUUCCUUCUUCGCCCGGUCCUAACAGACCCGGCCGCACCAGGGCCAGAGCUCUUAGCGACCGGAGCCGGCGGCCUCUGAUGGUGCCUUUCCAGCCGGGCGGUUAGGAGAAACACCCAGGAUCGUUUAUUCCUGGGCCCAAGGUCUCGACGGGCCCAUUUCUGAACCGGACCCAGUAGGUCUUUUCCGCCUGUCGGUUCGUGAAAUUUGGAGGUAGAAGAGGCCUCUUCAUAUUAGGAGCGAUUAACGUGGCUUUGCCUUCUUCAGAAGAGCGGCCUCCAGCUGCGAGGCUGACUGAAAUUGUUAAAUGCGAGCACACGGAGGUCAUCUCCCACAACCCGACUAGAGCCUGAAUGACCAGAUUCAGGGACCAAUGUUGUUCAACCAUGGUGCCCAGAGAUGUGUGUGAUUGGCAGGAGAGGCGGGGCCACCCCCGCCCCGUCGCGUUGGGACCUCGCCCCCAAGCCGUGGAGUAGCAUUCCUCAGGCCAGAGGUCUCAGCGCGGAAGGCCUGUGGAUUCUGCAUCUAGGCGGCCGGCAGAGGCAGUCAUGGAGGGCGGUGCCUCCCUCGAGCCCGAGACCACCGAAGUGCUACCCCAGCACAAGUUCGACACUGGGUCCCUGGAGGCCUAUCUAAACCAGCACUUGCCUGGCUUUGGGGCCGAGCCAGAGGCCCACCUGACCGUUGCUCAAUACAGAUCAGGACAGUCCAAUCCAACCUUUUAUCUCCAGAAGGGCUAUCAAGCAUAUGUACUCAGAAAAAAACCAUCUGGAUCACUUCUUCCUAAAGCACAUAAGAUUGAUAGAGAAUUUAAAGUCCAGAAAGCUUUGUUUUCAAUUGGAUUCCCCGUUCCCAAGCCUUUAUUGUACUGCAGUGAUGCUUCUAUCAUUGGAACAGAAUUUUACAUGAUGGAACAUGUGCAGGGUCGAAUCUUUCGUGAUUUUACAAUUCCUGGAGUUAGCCCAGCAGAACGCUCAGCCAUAUAUGUGGCCAUGAUAGAAACCUUGGCUCGGUUACAUUCCUUGAAUGUACAGUUGUUGCAGCUGGAAGGAUAUGGUAGAGGUGUUGGGUACUGCAAAAGACAGGUAUCAACCUGGAUAGAGCAAUAUAAAGCUGCAGCUCAUCAGGACAUCCUUGCCAUGAACCAGCUAUUUCACUGGCUAAUGAAAAACUUGCCAGAUAAUGACAAUGAAGAAAAUUUGAUUCAUGGAGACUACAAACUAGAUAACAUAGUUUUCCACCCUACAGAGUCUCGAGUUAUAGCUGUACUGGAUUGGGAGCUUUCAACCAUUGGUCAUCCUUUGUCAGACUUAGCUCAUCUCUCCAUGUUCUACUUUUGGCCAAGGACAGUUCCAAUGAUAAAUCAAAGUUCUUAUUUUCAAGAAAACAUAGGGAUACCAGCAAUGGAAGAAAUGAUUUCAAUAUAUUGCCGCUGCAGAGGAAUUAAUUCUAUUCUUCCUAACUGGAAUUUCUUUAUUGCCCUGACAUAUUUUAAAAUGGCUAGCAUAGCACAGGGAGUAUAUCGUAGAUAUCUUCAGGGAAAUAAUGCAUCUGAGAAUAGCUUUCUGUUUGCCAAGAUUGUGCAACCUCUGGCAGAAACUGGAUUACAACUCUCAAAACGGACUUUUGGUACUACGCCACCACAGAUUGAUACUUCCCAGCAGUUUUUUGCACAGAGUAAGACAGGCCAGGCAGUUCUUAUUAGGAUGAAGCAUUUCAUGAAACAACACAUCCUUCCAGCUGAAAAAGAGGUAGUUGAGUUCUAUGUUCAAAAUGAAAAUUCAGUGGACAGAUGGAAAAAACCUUUAGUGAUUGAUAAACUCAAGGAAAUGGCCAAAGCAGAAGGCCUCUGGAACUUGUUUUUGCCAGCUGUAAGCGGUCUCAGCCAGGUGGACUAUGCCUUGAUUGCUGAAGAAACAGGAAAAUGCUUUUUUGCUCCAGAUGUCUUUAACUGCCAAGCACCAGACACAGGGAACAUGGAGGUGCUCCACCUAUAUGGAAGUGAAAAGCAGAAGCAGCAGUGGCUUGAGCCUCUUCUUCAAGGAAACAUUACGUCCUGCUUCUGUAUGACAGAGCCCGAUGUAGCUUCAAGUGAUGCCACAAAUAUUGAAUGUAGCAUCCAACAAGACGGAGAUAGCUAUGUAAUUAAUGGCAAGAAAUGGUGGAGCAGUGGAGCUGGGAAUCCAAAGUGCACAAUCGCAAUUGUUUUGGGAAGAACUAAAAAUACCUCUGCAGCCAGACACAAACAACACACCAUGGUUCUUGUUCCUAUCAACACACCUGGAGUAGAAAUAAUAAGGCCUUUGUCAAUUUUUGGCUAUAUGGAUUAUUUACAUGGAGGACAUUUUGAGAUCCAUUUUAAUCAAGUACGAGUUCCUGCCACCAAUAUAAUAUUAGGUGUAGGCAGGGGAUUUGAAAUCGCCCAAGGCCGCCUUGGACCUGGUAGAAUCCACCACUGUAUGAGAAUAGUAGGUCUGGCAGAACGUGCUUUGCAGAUCAUGUGUGAACGGGCAACAAAAAGGGUGGCCUUUAACAAGAAACUGUUUUCACAUGAGGUUGUGGCUCACUGGAUUGCUAAAAGCCGCAUUGCCAUUGAGAAGAUACGUUUGUUGACCCUGAAAGCCGCCCACAGCAUCGACACUGUAGGCAGCACUGGUGCUAAGAAGGAGAUUGCAAUGAUUAAAGUGGCUGCCCCUCGGGCCGUCUGCAAAAUUAUUGACCGGGCAAUCCAAGUGUGUGGAGGCGCAGGUGUUUCCCAGGACUACCCUCUGGCUACCAUGUAUGCCCUAACACGAGCUCUGCGCAUAGCAGAUGGGCCCGAUGAAGUCCACCUCUCCGCGAUCGCGGCACUGGAGCUGCGGGAUCAGGCCAGAGACAUGAGGUCCAAGGUGUAGGAGGCAGCGGCAUCUCACCUCCAGACACACUUCUCGAGCACCAGCAUUUGCACCUCAUUCUGUUUUUGCACCAGUUUGAGCACAGGAUUAAUUGCUCAUUUUCAGUAAAGAUUUGAGCAUCUGUUUUGAUCAGUGGGUCUUAUCAUUUUAAGGGUCACACAGGUUUAAGUUAAAUAAGAAAUUGUAUAGCUGCCAUCAUUCAGUCUAUCACCUAAGCAUUCAGCAUUUAUUUUUAAAACAUUCAGCUUGUAAAGAGAUAAUGAAGUAAACUGCAUAGGCAUAAAAAUAUUUUCACCUUUGGAUUCUCAGAAAUUGUUCCAUUUAGAUAAAUAUCCAAGGAGUCACUGUUCUGUAAAAAACAUAUUGGUGUCCUUUUUAACACUGGGUUUAGGGAUUGGGUUAACACUUUUAGUAUUACAGUGUUUGCACUGGAGAGAGCUGCAGGAGUCAUUUAAUGCAGAUAAGCCUCUUCAUAAUUCAACAGAAAACAUUUAUACAUAAAACCUGAAUGCAGUUUAAACCUUACUAGAAAACAUGGCAUAUUAUAAGAAAAUGUAAUUAAGAAAAUUUUUAAUUCUGUUGAUGAGAACAGUGGGUAGGUGAAGCUACAAGAAAGUAAGUUAGUUUUGAGAGAUUAAAAACCGUCUGCUCUGAAUGCCAUUCUGUUAAUAUCAAAUCCUAAGCAAACAUUCUUGCAGCUUUUUAAAUCAGUGUUGCCCAAUAUAGCGGCCCUGGCCACAUGGAACUCUUGAGCACUUGAAUUAUGCCGAGUGCCACUGAGGAACUUUAGGUUUUUUAAAGUUUAAUUAACUAUUGAUUCUUAGUUACUGGAAAACUUUUAAGUAUGCCUAUAAUAACUUGGGUAUGUGAAUUUACUUUUUCAAAUGUAAAUUUUAUGAAAUCUAAACACGGAGGAAGUAUUUUAGUUGAAAAUUUAGAAUCCAAAGUAGGAAACAGAGUCACUGUAAAAUACCAAAUUUUAAAGACUUACUAUGAAAAAAAAAAGGUAAAAUCCCUCAUUAAUACUUUUUAAGUUGUGAUUACAUAUUGAAAUGAUAAAAUGUAGAUAUAAGGCAUACCUUGUUUUAUCGUGCUUCACUUUUUACACUUCUUAAAAUUGCGGGUUUGUGGCAGCCCUGUGGUCAAGCAAGUCAGUUGGCACCAUUUUUCCAACAGCAUUUGCUCACUUUGUGUCUCUGCCACAUUUUGGUAAUUCUCACAAUAUUACAGAUGUUUUCAUUAUUAGUAUAUUGAACUGCAAUCUCAUGAUAAAAUUUGAAUGGAUGAGGACUCACUUCUUAUGGAUGAGCAAAGAAAGUGGUUUCUUGAGAUGGAAUCUACUCCUGGGGAAGAUUUUUGAAAUGAUAAAAAAAAAAAAAAAAGACUUAAAAUAUCACAUAAACUUAGUUGAUAAAGCAGCAGCAGGAUUUCAAAGAUUUGACUCCAAUUCUGAAGGAAGUUCCGCAGGUAAAAUGCUACCAAAUAGCAUCACAGACUACAGAGAAAUAGUUCAUGAGAAAAAUGCAGCAAAUUUCACUGUGUUGGCUUACUUUAAGGAAUUUCCCAGCCACCCCAACCUUCAGCAAUCCCCAUCCCGAGCAGUUAACAGCCACCAACAUAGAGGCAAGAAUCUCCUCCAGCAAAAAUAUUGUGACUCGGUGAAAGCUCAGAUGAUGGUUAGCAUUUUUUUGCAAUUAAGUAUUUUUUUUAAAGAUUUUGCUUUUCAGUAAUCCCUACAUCCAUUGUCAGGCUCGAACUCACAUCCCUGAGAUCAAGAGUCACGUGCUCCACUGACUGAGCCACUCAGGUGCCCCCCUAAAAUAUUUUUAAUAAAGGUGUGUCCACUGAUUUUUAGACAAUGCCAUUGCAUACUUAAUGGAGUACAGUAUAGUGUACAUGCCCUGGGAAACCAGAAAAUUCCUUUGACUUGCUUUAUUGUCACAUUCACUUUAUUGCGGUCUGCAACCAGUCCCACCGUAUCUCUAAGGUAUGCCUGUGACUGAAGUAAAAUGUUAUUAAAAUCAA